UUGUCUCCCUUUCCAGCGACACAAGUCGAAGAAUCCCGCACCCAACCAAAAUGUUCAAAUUGUUCGUUCUCGCUGCUCUUUUGGCCGUGGCUGCUGCCAAGCCAGGCCAUCUGGCUGCUGCUCCUCUGGUUUACAGUGCUCCUGCUGCCACGACCAUCGUCCAGGAGCCCGUUUUGGCCAAGGUUGGAGCUGUGGUCAAGAGUGUGCCCACUGCCGUGAGCCACCAGAGCCUCACCCAGGUGCACUCCACCCCGGUGGUUGAGGAUGUGGUUGCGCCCGUGGUGAAGACCACCGCUGUUCACUCCGCUCCCGUCAUCGCCGCCGCUCCGAUUGUCAAGACCGUGGCUCCCGUCGCCUACUCCGCUCCCUUGGCUUACUCCGCCCCCGUUGCGUACUCCGCCCCUGUGGCCUACUCCUCCCCUCUCGCCUACCACGCCCCCCUCACCUACGCCGCCGCCCCCGCCCCCCUGCUGCACCGCCCCCUCACCUACGCCGCCAGCGCCUGGUAA